AGCGGGUCCAUUUUGCGUCGCUCCAGCCGGCUCCGGGCAGCCCUGGGCUGGGGGCGGGGGCCGUGCAUGGGCAUCGCAGCCGCUCCCCGGAUCCCGGACCCCCCCAUGGCUGCGGAAGGGGGGCUCGCUUCGGCCCUGGGGCGCGGAGCCGCUGCCCGGCGGUGAAAGUGCCCGACAAAAGGAGCAGGCGUGAGCUCGCUUCACUUCGCUCCGAGCCGCGGCUCGCCUGGAAGCGCCGCGGUCUGGCUGCGGCGGGGGGUCGCCUUAGUCCCAACCUGGAGCCCAAGGAGAGGAGCUGGAAGCCGAGGCGCUCCUGAAAGCUGCCCCGGUUUCUGCUGGUUUCCCCGGGGGAUUUUCCCCUCCCCAGGAUUGCACGAUCGCCCCCGAUUCCCCCCGGGCUGGGCGCGCUGGGAUUUGCUGAUUAUGGAGACGGUGGAAAAGGAGUGCGGGGCCCUGGGUGGCCUUUUCCAAGCCAUCGUCAAUGACAUGAAGAGCUCCUACCCCAUCUGGGAAGAUUUCAACUCCAAGGCAACUAAGCUGCACUCCCAGCUCAGGACUACGGUGCUGGCAGCAGUCGCCUUCCUGGAUGCCUUCCAGAAAGUGGCAGACAUGGCCACCAACACACGAGGAGCCACGAGAGACAUUGGCUCAGCACUGACCCGGAUGUGCAUGCGGCACCGCAGCAUCGAGGCCAAGCUGAGGCAGUUCACCAACGCCCUGAUGGAGAGUCUCGUCAACCCCCUGCAGGACAGGAUUGAGGACUGGAAGAAAACGGCCAACCAACUGGACAAGGACCAUGCGAAAGAGUACAAGCGAGCCCGCCAUGAGAUAAAGAAGAAAUCCUCUGACACACUGAAGCUGCAGAAGAAGGCCCGCAAAGAGCUACUUGGGAAGGGGGACCUACAGCCCCAGCUGGACAGUGCUCUCCAAGAUGUCAAUGACAUGUACCUCCUGAUGGAAGAGACUGAGAAGCAGGCUGUCCGCAAGGCCCUCAUUGAGGAGCGGGGCCGCUUCUGCACCUUCAUCACCUUCUUGCAGCCAGUGGUGACUGGAGAGAUCACCAUGCUGGGAGAGAUCACUCACCUGCAGGGCAUCAUGGAGGACCUGGUGGUGCUGACCGCAGAGCCGCACAAGCUGCCCCCUGCCAGUGAGCAGGUGAUCAAAGACCUGAAAGGCUCUGACUACAGCUGGUCCUACCAGACUCCUCCAUCCUCCCCCAGCAGCUCUGGCUCCCGCAAGUCCAGCAUGUGCAGCAGUGUUAACAGUACAAAGGGUGGUACCACUUGGUCCGGUGCGUCCCAAACAUACUCACCAGGUUCCACCUAUCGCUACCGCAGCCUGGCGCAGCCGGUUAACGCCAACACCCGCCUGUCCAGCGUCUCAUCCCAUGACUCUGGCUUCAUCUCCCAGGAUGCCACAUACUCCAAGCCGCCUUCGCCGAUGCCAUCUGACAUCACCAGUCAGAAGUCCUCCAGCUCCGCAUCCUCCGAGGCCUCGGAAACCUGCCAGUCAGUUAGUGAAUGCAGCUCCCCCACCUCGCUGAAACCUAUGAAUGUAGCUCAUGUGGCCAGGACUGACGGAAGCUCCCGAAGAAGCCUGAGCCUGGAUGGUCCAAGGCCAGUCACCUUACGACCAGCGCCGGUUGGUCAGCACCCUGCAAAGCGGAGGAAGGACCGCCGUGGGCAUCUGCGGGAGGCCGAGCUGGGCUUCCACCAGCAUGGCGACCUGGCCUGGUGCUCACACGCGUGGCCUGAGCCUCGAACACCAGAAGAGCAGGCCGGGAUUCCCUGCAGUACUCCAGUGGCUACAGCACCGCACCACUACUCCGUCCUGCUCAGAGACACUAUCCCGCCCCCAGGCUCGGAUUACGACUGCUACUCGGUGAAUGGCGACGUGGAGUGUGACAGCCAGAGCGAGUUUGACAAAUCCUCCACCAUCCCACGCAACAGCAACAUCGCCCAGAACUACCGCCGCAUGAUCCAGACCAAGCGCCCCGCCUCCACCGCCGGGCUGCCCACCGGGACCCCCCUGCCAGCCAGCGCCCCACCUGGCGUGGCCACCAUCCGCCGCACGCCCUCCACCAAGCCCUCAGUGCGUCGCACCCUCUCCAACGCCGGGCCCAUCCCCAUCCGGCCCCCUAUUGUCCCAGUAAAGACCCCCACCGUGCCCGACUCCCCUGGCUACACUGGGCCCACCCGGGUGGGCAGUGAAGAGUGUGUGUUUUAUGCCGAUGACGCCUCACCAAACGCAAUGGACUUCGCCAAAGCCUCGCCCAAGAGGCUCAGCCUCCCCAACACAGCCUGGGGCAGCAACGCCAUGGAGAUAUCGGUGUACCCGGGGCCAGGGCAGCACCUCUCUGCUGAGGAAGAGGAGGACCAGCAGCUGGCCGCCAACCGGCACAGCCUGGUGGAGAAGAUUGGCGAGCUGGUGGCCAGUGCCCAUGCCCUGGGCGAGGGCCAGUUCCCCUUCCCCACCGCUCUCUCUGUCCCCAGCCCUGGAGAGGAGACGCCCACUCUGCCCCCAGCUGCAUCCAGCGAGCCCCCCGCUGAAGACAUGCUGGUAGCCAUCCGGCGCGGCGUGCGCCUGCGCAGGACCAUCACCAACGACAGAUCCGCCCCCCGGAUAUUGUGAUGACACCCCCACUGCCGCCCCUCCCUCCCAGCGCACCCCAUGGGAAGAGAGCGAACACAGGGCCAGGCUGAGCAUAGAAGAGAAAUCAAUCCAGUAAAGAAUCACAGAGGCAAAGCCACUUUAUGGAGCUAGAGACCAAUCUAGAUUUAAAUGGAAAUUAAAAGUCUUUGCUAACAGACUCACAAGGCGCCGCCUAGGAGGCACUGAACUGGUUUUGGAGCCUAUUUUAUAUUUCAUUUCUCAUGCCCUCCUCGUUCCCCGUCCCCUGUCCACACUGUGCUCCUGGCUGUUAAAGACUCCUCGCUGCCAGCAGGAGUCAGCGCUACAAGAGGGGGCACCCCCACUGUGUGUUGGGGGGGCACGACCCUGGACUCGAAUAAGUAGCUACAUAAUAAGUAUAAAGAACACACACAGAUAGACACACACACAACGCCAAGGACCGCUGGCUGCUGUCCGCCACAAGCCACCUCCUUCCUCUUCCUCUGGACGGAAGAUGCACGGAGUCCUGUGCUGAGCAUCUGACCACCCCUCUCCUCUCUCCUCCCUCCCUCCCUCCCUCCCUCCCUCGUGGCUGCAGUGAAAAGAGUCACCAGAGCACCAGAGGAAUAGAGAGCGUUCCUGGCACACCCUGAGGUGCUUUGGUGUCACAGACCUUUGCUGGGGGAGCAGCUGCCCCCACGCGUGUGCCCCCUGGGAGCGGGUUUUGGGGCUAGCACUUCACAGUCUCCUGUUGAAAACUUGGCAAUGUGCAAAAGGCCAGGCUCUCCUCCCCUCCCGAUUAGCUGAGCUGCGGAAGGACUUCCCCGGCUCUGUCUAGCGUGUCCAGCUCUCAGGCCAGGGGCCAUGGGUUACAGGUGUUUCUCAGGAGGUUAGACUGCUUGUGUGGGUCUCUAGCCAUAAAGCGACAAGGCAGGGGGUUGGGGUGCCCAGCCACAACUCUGUGCCAGGCACUCAGAUACACCAGCACUGGUAAUUUAAAGGAACCGGCCUGCUCAAGAGUUACCUUUUCCCCGCAUCCAGCUUCGCAGCCGGCCUUAGCCUGGGACUGCUAACCCAAGUAGAGAGUAAAGGGGCUGCCAGAUAGCUAUGAAUCCAGCAGGCUUCUGCUCGGUGUGCUCUCGAGUGUCCCAGGGGAUCUGGGGUUGGGUGUCCUGAAGCUGUUUGUGCAGUAUAUUCCCCAUCUGGGUGUUUGCAUGAGUGUGUGUCAGGCUGGGGGGGUGCAUAUGUGCCCAGCUGGGGGUGUAUGCAGGGUUUUGUAGUGUGGCGAGGGGUGCAUCUGCGCACACUCACUCCUGCUCACCACAACCGUAGCCACCAGAUCAGCACAAACACACCACGCUGACAUCAGUGGUUCAGCUGCACAGGGCCGGGAUGGCCAGCACCGGGCCCCGGUGGAUGUGUCAUGGCGAAGGGCCCUGGAGCUGAGAGGCCCGUUGCUGGCAUUACGCUACACAGGGCUGUGCCGCGGGGACUUGGUGCCCUGAACCGUCCCUUUCCCAGUAAGAUGCCGUCCCAUGAGGAAUGGGAAUCUCAGGUCUUGCUUGGGGCCAUUCUCCCCCCAACCCUCCGAGACUCACGGCCGGUCGCACCUACUCCACACACAGUCCCACUGAAAAGCAUGGGGAGUCCUCCCACAGGAAGGUGUUACUCAGUGGGAAUAAAGGUGGCAGAAUGAGAUCUGCUCCUUUUACAAAACACCCAUUAGCUUCAGUGGUUACAAGGUGAGCAGAGCUGGCGGCCAGAGCCCACGAGCCCCACUGGAGUUCUGUCUCAGUGAGGACACAGUUCUCACUGGGACACAUGGGGGCCCUAGGUCACAGCUCCUUGUCAUUGACGCUGCUUCGCCCAAGGCCACCUGAAGCUAAUGGUCAUGAGUGCCCCAAUAAUCAUGGCCUCUUGGCAUCUCCCAGCACUAGGUUCCUGGGAACCUGCUUUCCCACUCCUGUCACCCUGAUGGGGUGCUGCAUCCUUCCUCAGAAGUCAAUGGCAAAACCAUAGACCGUGGCAUGAUCACUGUCCCCCUAUUAACUGGAUUUUGAGUCAGAAGAAAUAGAGCCACAGAAGCAUUAAUAAGUAAUAAUAACUGGAGAUAUACCAAUCUCCUAGAACUGGAAGGGACCUUGAAAGGUCAUUGAGUCCAG